AAGAAGCGCGCGGCGGCCGCCGGCAGUUCCCCGGCCGAGAGAGCGAGCGCGGCUCCGGGCGCGCGGGGAGCAGAGGCGGUGGCGGGCGGCGGCGGCACCCGGAGCCGCCGAGUGCCCCUCCCCGCCCCUCCGGCCCCCCACCCAGCCACCCGCCCGUGACCCGCGCCCAUGGCCGCGCGCACCCGGCACAGUCCCCAGGACUCCGCACCCCGCGCCACCGCCCAGCUCGCAGUUCCGCGCCACCGCGGCCAUUCUCACCUGGCGGCGCCGCCCGCCCACCGCCCGGACCACAGCCCCCGCGCCGCCGACAGCCACAGUGGCCGCGACAACGGCGGGGGACACUGCUGAGUCCAAGAGCGUGCAGCCUGGCCAUCGGACCUACUUAUCUGCCUUGCUGAUUGUCUAUUUUUAUAAGAGUUUACAACUUUUCUAAGAAUUUUUGUAUACAAAGGAACUUUUUUAAAGACAUCGCCGGUUUAUAUUGAAUCCAAAGAAGAAGGAUCUCGGGCAGUUUGGGGGUUUUGGUUUGGGGUUUUGUUUCUAAAGUUGUUUUUAAAUCUUCGUUGACUUUGGGGUUCGGGGACCCCUCUCUCCGCUUCGGACUCCGGAGGACCUUCUGGGCCCCCACAUUAAUGAGGCAGCCACCUGGCGAGUCUGACAUGGCUGUCAGCGACGCUCUGCUCCCGUCCUUCUCCACGUUCGCGUCCGGCCCGGCGGGAAGGGAGAAGACACUGCGUCCAGCAGGUGCCCCGACUAACCGUUGGCGUGAGGAACUCUCUCACAUGAAGCGACUUCCCCCACUUCCCGGCCGCCCCUACGACCUGGCGGCGACGGUGGCCACAGACCUGGAGAGUGGUGGAGCUGGUGCAGCUUGCAGCAGUAACAACCCGGCCCUCCUACCACGGAGGGAGACCGAGGAGUUCAACGAUCUCCUGGACCUAGACUUUAUCCUUUCCAACUCGCUAUCCCACCAGGAAUCGGUGGCCGCCACCGUGACCACUUCGGCGUCAGCUUCAUCCUCGUCUUCCCCGGCGAGCAGCGGCCCUGCCAGCGCGCCCUCCACCUGCAGCUUCAGCUAUCCGAUACGGGCCGGGGGUGACCCGGGCGUGGCUGCCGCCAACACAGGUGGAGGGCUCCUCUACAGCCGAGAAUCUGCGCCACCUCCCACGACCCCCUUCAACCUGGCGGACAUCAAUGACGUGAGCCCCUCGGGCGGCUUCGUGGCUGAGCUCCUGCGGCCGGAGUUGGACCCAGUAUACAUUCCGCCACAGCAGCCUCAGCCGCCAGGUGGCGGGCUGAUGGGCAAGUUUGUGCUGAAGGCGUCUCUGACCACCCCUGGCAGCGAGUACAGCAGUCCUUCGGUCAUCAGUGUUAGCAAAGGAAGCCCAGACGGCAGCCACCCUGUGGUAGUGGCGCCCUACAGCGGUGGCCCGCCGCGCAUGUGCCCCAAGAUUAAGCAAGAGGCGGUCCCAUCUUGCACGGUCAGCCGGUCCCUAGAGGCCCACUUGAGCGCUGGACCCCAGCUCAGCAACGGCCACCGGCCCAACACACACGACUUCCCCCUGGGGCGGCAGCUCCCCACCAGGACUACCCCUACACUGAGUCCCGAGGAACUGCUGAACAGCAGGGACUGUCACCCUGGCCUGCCUCUUCCCCCAGGAUUCCAUCCCCAUCCGGGGCCCAACUACCCUCCUUUUCUGCCAGACCAGAUGCAGUCGCAAGUCCCCUCUCUCCAUUAUCAAGAGCUCAUGCCACCGGGUUCCUGCCUGCCAGAGGAGCCCAAGCCAAAGAGGGGAAGAAGGUCGUGGCCCCGGAAAAGAACGGCCACCCACACUUGUGACUAUGCAGGCUGUGGCAAAACCUAUACGAAGAGUUCUCAUCUCAAGGCGCACCUGCGGACUCACACAGGCGAGAAACCUUACCACUGUGACUGGGACGGCUGUGGGUGGAAAUUCGCCCGCUCUGAUGAACUGACCAGGCACUACCGCAAACACACAGGGCACCGGCCCUUUCAGUGCCAGAAGUGCGACAGGGCCUUUUCCAGGUCGGACCACCUUGCCUUGCACAUGAAGAGACACUUUUAAAUCCCACU